AUGUCUCCUCCAACACGCAAGUCUCGAUCACACAUUCAUGUCAGAAAGCAGAAAGUCCCUUCAAAAUUUUCAGGUGCUUUUGAAAUUCUGCCAGUCGAGAUCCGACAGUCUAUCGCUAGCUAUAUCGACGACAAGUCGAUAGCAUCCUACCGACUCAUCUGCAGAUCGACCAAGCAUGCUCUUGAUGAAGACGAAGGAUCCUUCUGGCGCACUCGGUAUCUUGACAGCUACGACCCUCCUCGAAAAUUCCCUACUGGCGAGCGCUCUGUCGUCAACGAGUGGUUCAAGAAACAGUACCAGUGUCGCAAGUGCAUCGAACGUCAAAGAUUUGACUUCCAAGCUGGGAACAGCCAGAACGAGAUGGAAUGUCUAUCCUUGAUGAGAGAUCUGAUCAAUGAGUCAUUCAACAUCAAUUCUCACACGUCCAAACAAGCCCCAACCCACUCCCACAAUAUGGAUCGUCUCGAUGCCGUCACCAAAGCCACUGGCCUGCUUGAAUGCGUCUUCCGCCGUCCAUACGUCAGGGGCAAGAAGUCGAUACCCAAUCCUGUCUUGCUCACAAUACAGCUCAUCCUGACUCAUCUCUCCUUGACUGCUUCGCCCACCUCAAGGAUUGCCAAAGCAUGGGGCUUCUCCGACUCGCAGUCCUUGGUGUACGCACAGAACUCGAUACGUCCCAUCUUCAAAGGUCCCAACUGUCAAGAGAUCGAUAUCGAGUGGACUUUGCAUGUUGCAAACUUCUUCAAGAACCACCUGCUGAACCAGCACGAACUGACUCAUCUUCGCUACGACGAUCUGGCUGUGGUAGAGCGCCCACAGUGCUGGACAAACCCCUUAUCAACCACACCCCUGAAACUCGGCAAGCACUGGAAGGGCAGCUAUGCCUACGUCGACCAUGAUGAGAUUGUUUCCAUACGCGACGGGCAGAACGAGGACUAUCCAAUUCCAGACCACAUGAGUGGCGAUGGUACUGGUCAACCUUUUCAGGACCUAUGCCUCGACUUCCCCAAAGAGGACCUUGACUCCUGGCCAGCCGUCUUUGAACAGAUCCUCAAGUCUCGCACCAAGAUCCGGUAUCGUACAGCCACCACACGAGCUCAGAGACGAGUCACCGGCCCUCACGUUUUGCCCGAGGGCGAACCGGUAUCUUUCUGCUUCAAGGGUAAAGGUGAAGACGCUAGCGAAGGCUUUCUCGCAUCUGGCUAUCUCAACCCUCUGCCGCCUCAACAUGGCAUCCCAGGCUGGCAUCGCAUGACUAUGAUGAAGUAUUGGAAGGAUAAGCAUGGUGACAUGGACUUCAACUCCUUGUGGGCCUACGAAGGCGUCGUAUUGCCUGGAGGCAUGGUCAUGCUUGGACGCUGGUGGCACCCUUCAGGUGAUCAAGACGAAUACUCUGGCCCUUUCAUAUUCUGGAAUGUCGACGCCAGCAUGUCUUCCAGUGACUAA